AUGUCUGAGGAAUCUGUAACGGAGACAUUGACAAACACAACACACAUAUACGAUACAUACGACUAUUUUAUUCAUCCUCACUGGAAGCGGUUCCCACCUGUUUCGGACUCUUGGCAUUAUUUCGAUGGUAUAUUUAUCGGCCUCGUCGGAAUCACUGGUGUCAUCGGUAAUAUCCUUGUUAUCUGGAUGUUUACAACAAACAAGAAAUUGAAAACGCCAUCAAAUAUGUUGAUUGUGAACUUGGCUUUGAGUGAUCUCACGUUUUCCGCUAUCAACGGUUUUCCUCUCAAAUCAAUCUCUGCGUUCAGUAAAAGAUGGGUGUUUGGAAUCGUUGCUUGCGAACUUUACGGUCUUAUUGGUGGUAUAUUCGGCUUCAUGUCCAUCGGCUCCUUGGCAGCAAUAUCCAUCGACCGCUUCAUUUGCAUAACUAAACCCCUUCAGGCCGCGAGGAUCAUGACGCGAAAAAAAGCCUUCAUCAUGAUUGUCAUUGUUUGGUUAUGGUCAGUGCUGUGGGCAAUCCCACCUCUAUUUGGAUUUGGGGCGUACAUCCCAGAGGGAUUCCAAACCUCUUGUACUUUCGAUUAUAUAUCCAAGACCACCAAAAACCGAUACUUCAUCAUAGGAUUGUAUGUGUUUGGAUUUUUGAUGCCUUUUUUAGUCAUCAUUUGUUGUUACAUCAUGAUACUAAAGGCAAUUAAAGCCCACGGUAGAGAAAUGACGCGAAUGGCAGGUAAAUUGAAUGCAGAAGAAGCUGAUAAAAACAAGAAAGCUAAAGCUGAGAUGAAAAUUGCCAAAAUAGCAUUGAUGUUGGUCUCACUUUUCAUUCUUUCUUGGAGUCCGUAUGCUACAAUUGCAUUAGUAGCACAGUUUGGAUCUGCCGACUUUGUUACGCCUUUGAUGUGUGAAUUACCUGUUCUCUUGGCUAAAACCUCCGCCAUGCAUAAUCCUUUAGUCUAUGCGCUCAGUCAUCCAAGGUUUCGCGCUGCACUGGCAGAAAAGGCCCCUUGCUUUAUGGCCUGUUGUCCUCUCGAGAAGACGCCGACAUCCACGUUGAGUCGACAUGUGGCUGGUCGUACCGCCAGUCAAAGCAGUGCGACAAGCUGUGCUACAAAUUUGAGCGACUGCCAAGGUGGCAUUCAGAUGCAGCCGACGCCGACGGCUUCAAUCAAUCAUGGCGACCUUGUCAAAGAUUUGGUUGGCGCUCUUGUCAACAUGGCGACACAGAACGGACCCCAUGUCGUACCGUCUAUCUAUCUUCCUAACGGCACGGUAAACAGCAGUGGAAUUGUUCCUGCUCCUCAAGUCAACGUUAUCUCAGGUGUGGGACAUCAGAAUCCUGCCUUUGUUCACGAAGUAGAAACAGUAGAAUCCCCCGAUAAUAAGAAAGAGAAGGAGAAUGUUUCAUCCAAGGACGCGGUCAAAGCAUGA